AUGUUGACUUGGUCUAUCAAUUAUAAUGACACAAUGAUAACUACUAUAGUUCAUCCAAGACAUUUAUUAGCAUCUGCUGAAGCAUUUAAAGAAUUUACUACGCAAAAAAAGACUUUUCACAAGAGAGGAGAUGGUGAAUAA